AUGCACUCUUACUUGACAACAAUGUUGACGGGCGAUGGGGAAUCGGAUGAUACUAUUUGUGUUAGUGGCGCACAAGCAUCCGCGGUACUGUCUCUCCCGCCAGAAAUAUUAGCAGAAAUAUUCCUGCGGAUGCAGUUCGAACAAAAAACGCCUCUGCUGUUAGGGAAAGUAUGCCUGGACUGGCGCGCGAUCGCGUGGUCUACACCGUCCCUGUGGAGUAACGUGGAUUUUUGCCUCUCAAAAGAGCGACACUCGGUCCGGACUGAAUUGUUAGACGAAUGGCUGCAACGGUCAAAAGCUGUUCCCCUGACCAUUCGUAUCUGGUCAAAGGAGAAGGAGUGCGGUUACUGGCAGUCAACAACGCCGACGGAAAUGUUGAGGAUUCUCGUUUCUCAUUCGUGGCAUUGGGAAAAUGUCGACCUGCAUGCUCCGCGCCUGUGGGAUACGGCUUUGCAGCCUAUCCGGGAUAACCUCCCGAUGUUGGACACUCUGCGCAUAACGCUUCCCACCGUCUCUGCACAUCACCUAUCUUUUGAUAUGUUCGAGAACGCACCAUCUCUUCAUGAAGUCCACACAACCUACGUCUACAUCGCGGAGGUCAGAUUACCAUGGCAUCAGAUAACCAUAUUUAGAGGUGAUCAUCUCUACGUGGACGAAUGCCUUACAGUGCUUUGGCAUUGCCCUCAGUUGAAGAAAUGCUAUUUCUCCCCUAUCAUCAAUGACGACGACCUUGCACGGACGCACCUUUUGCCAGAGGCACUCACCCACAAGUCUUUGGAGCGGCUAGACAUCACAAACACGGAUGCCUCCCUCAUCGAUCCUUUCCUCGAUCUUUGCACCCUUCCCGCUUUACGUCGCCUUCGCAUUGAGUGCAAUAGGCAUAUUGACGAUACUACUGUAUCAAUUACGCCUACCAUACGGCGGUCAGCAUGUAUCUUGGAGAACCUCUCUAUGGAAGAAGCAUUCUUAUCUGAAGAGGAAGCUAUCAGUUGCUUGCAAAGCAUCCCUUCCCUCGUCACACUUGAAAUCAGUAUACAAUCUGCGAAGGGAAUAUCAGUCAAGUUCUUAUCCGCCUUAUCUUCCACAGACAAACCUUUCCUUCCGAAUCUUCGCAUUUUAAGCAUCGAAGGAUAUGUAUUUUUUGAUGUCGAAGAGUUAACCGAAAUGCUGGUAUGCCGUUGGACCUGCCCUGAAAAGCGUUCCUGUCCAGUUUCUCGACUCAAGUCCCUAAGAAUCACCUCGUCGAUCGAUCUCGCAUUCAAUUGUACCAAGGAAAAUCAUAGCAGGUUGCUGGAAAUGGUUCAGGAUGGCUUGGAUCUGUCAAUCAUAUCCGGUUUCGAUGAAGCAGACAUUCUCAAGCAGAUGGAGAUACGAAUUGCGGAAGAAAGCAACAGAAGCUAA